CAACAAGUUUGUUUCAAACCAGUAUUGUUUUCAAUAACUGCGAACUUUGUUGCGGCAUAAGUCAUACCUGAAAUCGAAACAAAGAAACAAGGCGAAACGGAAAAUCAUGUUUCGUUGUAGACGGCUGGCUGUUUGCCUUCGUUUGGCUGUCGUGGCAGUAUAUGUGAAAUUUUUGCUGACUAUGGACGAAGACACCGGAAAAUUAAUUGAUUUAGUUGAAGCAAGAAGAGCACUAUAUGAUGCUAGAGAUAUGGACCAUGCUAAUCGAAAAAGAAUUGAGAAUCUGUGGAUAGAAGUAUCUAUCGAAAUGAAUUGGGAGGUAUCGGAAUGCAAAAGGAAAUGGGCAAGCUUGCGCAAUGCCUACACCAGAUGUUUGCGGGAAGAAAGAACCAAGUCAUCAGGAUCGGCUGGCAAGAAAAAGAAGUGGUAUUGGGCUGAUAGCAUGUCCUUUUUAAAUGAGCAUAUCAAUCCGCAGUAUAGUAAUAUAAGCAAUUUUGAUUGUACAGAUCUUGACUCUCCGCCUUCUUUGAAUGAAAAUAUUGAAAGUAUGGAAUCAGAUACAAGUAUUGUCAGAAACAGCCACUUACCAUCCAAAAGAAGUAGAACUUUGGUUUCAGAGCCAGUGGUACCGCCAGUGUUUGAAUUUGUACAGUCAAAAGCCAGAGAACGUGUACCAGAAAACGGAAAUUCAUUAUUUUUCAUGAGUUUGCUGGCUGAUUAUGAGAAACUGACCACUAAAAGGCAAAGGGCAUUUAGAAUGCAUAUGUUAACUAAAAUGAAUGAGUUGCAAGAAGAGGAGGAAAAUGACGCCUUAAAUGCAGAAUCGGAGGAAGAAAAAUUGUAUAAUAACUAUGAACGACAUAAUUCUCAUUCAAAUAAAUCUUUUGAACGAUUUUAA